UUGUAGUAAAAGCUAAGAAAGUUGAAGACGACGAAACACAGAGAGAAAGAGAGAGAGACGAAGCUUCCCAGAAAAAAAGAACUAAACUUUCGAUUCAACUCUCGUUCCUUAAUCAAUUCCCAAGUCGGAAAAUUUUGAAGCCAAAGAUUUGAUUUUUUUUUGGGAGAGUCUCUCAAAUCUGAAGGGAAAGCCUUCUUAAUUGUUCGAUUCGAUUUCGUUGGAUCCGAGAAGAAGAAAAAAAGGGUUUUGUUGUCUGAAGAAUCUGAGAUUCAUCUAAGGUUCGUUAGAGAGAGAGAGAGAGAUGGAUGAGGUGGGUCCUCAAGUGGCUGGUCCGGUCUCAAUUCACCAUCCAAUAGGUGGGAGAAAACGAGAUCUUUAUUACCAGAUGUCCAAUCGCCAGCCCUACUGGCUUGUCCCCUCCUCUCAGCAGCAGAGGAAUGAUUGGAACCCUAAGAUGUGGGAAUGGGACAGUCAGAGAUUCGAAGCUAAACCUGUUGAGGCAGCACAAGACUCUCUUCAGGUAGCGAACAACGGCACGCAGUUUGAUCUCAAUGCCAGGAGUGACGAUGAUAACAACAACAACGGCGGGUUGAGUUACGAGGGAGAAGAGAGAAGAGGUCUUGAUUUGAAUCUGAGUAGUGGUUUCAACGCUGUGGAAGAGACUAGACCCAACAAGAAGGUGAAGUCCGGAUCUCCGGGAAGGAACUACCCCAAGUGUCAGGUGGAUAGUUGUAAGGAGGAUCUAUCGGUUGCUAAGGAUUAUCACAGAAGACAUAAAGUCUGUGAGGUUCACAGUAAAGCUACCAAAGCUCUUGUUGGGAAUCAGAUGCAGAGGUUUUGCCAACAGUGUAGCAGGUUUCAUCUUCUAUCCGAGUUUGAUGAGGGGAAGAGAAGCUGUAGGCGGAGGCUGGCUGGCCAUAACAGGAGGAGAAGGAAAACAACUCAGCCUGAGGAGGUUACAUCUGGUGCUGUAGCUCCUGGGAGUUCCGAUAAAAACGCAGCUAAUAUGGAUGUUAUGGCUUUGUUAACAGCUUUGGCUUGUGCACAAGGUAGGAACGGUUCUCAACCUAAUGGGUCUCCAGCAGUGCCACAAAGAGAGCAACUCCUUCAGAUACUCAACAAGAUCAAUGCGUUGCCUCUGCCUAUGGAUCUUGUCUCCAAGUUGAACAGUAUCGGAGUUUUAGCGAGGAAAAAUCUUGAUCAACCUUCGGUUAUGAACUCGAGAAACGAUGUGAAUGGGGGAGCCUCCUCUUCUCCUUCCACCAUGGACUUGCUUGCUGUUCUAUCCACAACUCUAGGCUCGUCUGCGCCUGAGGCCAUCGCGUUCUUAUCUCAAGGAGGAUUUGGUAGCAGUGAUAAGACUAAGCUAACUUCUUCCGACCACGCCCCUACUACAACCAGUUCAGAAAAGAGAACUUUGGAGUUUCCUUCUUUUGUGGGGGGAGGAGGUGAGAGAACCAGCAGCAGUAACCCGUCUCCUUCUCAGGACACUAGAUCUUCUAGCUUAUCUCUACAGCUGUUCACCUCUUCACCAGAGGACGAGAGGCGACAACCGACGGUUGCAUCUUCGGGAAAGUACAACUCCUCCGCGAGCAGCAACCCCGUUGAGGAUAGAUCGCCGUCUUCUUCAUCACCAGUCAUGCAGGAGUUGUUCCCAAUGCAGACAUCUCCUGAAACCAUGAGAUCUAACAAUUGCAGAACCUCUAGUCCCAGUAGUCCCAGAAACAGCUGCUUGCCACUAGAUCUUUUUGGCGCAUCAAACAGAGGAGCUUCUGCUGCUGCUGCAAAUCUUAGUUAUGCUUCGUCUGGUUCGGAUUAUUCUCCUCCCAGCUUAAACUCUGAUGCUCAGGACCGCACCGGGAAGAUAGUUUUCAAACUGCUUGGAAAAGAUCCUAGUCAGCUCCCUGGGACACUGAGAACCGAGAUCUCUAGUUGGCUUUGUAGCAUUCCAUCAGAAAUGGAGAGUUAUAUCAGGCCUGGCUGUGUUAUUCUAUCUGUCUAUGUGGCAAUGUCAGCUUCUGCUUGGGAACAACUUGAAGAAAACUUGCUGCAGCGGGUUAGUUCUUUGGUUCACGAUUCUGAAUUUUGGAGCAGUACGAGAUUUUUGGUCAACACAGGCAGACAGCUCGCGUCGUACAAGCACGGUAGAAUUCGUCUGAGCAAAUCUUGGAGAACAUUGAGUUCGCCAGAGCUGAUCACGGUGUCACCGGUUGCUGUUGUUGCCGGUGAAGAAACUAGUUUGGUAUUAAGGGGUAGAAGCUUGACCAACGAUGGAAUUAGCUUUCGUUGUGCGCAUAUGGGUAACUAUACCUCAAUGGAAGUAACUGGAACAGCGCAUAGAAGCACCAGAUUUGAUGAGUUAAAUGUAAAUAGGUUCAAAGUCAAGUGCCCUGCUUCUCUGGGACGUUGUUUCCUUGAGGUGGAGAAUGGAUUCAGAAGCGACAGUUUCCCUUUGAUAAUCGCCAGUGCCAAGAUUUGCAAAGAGUUGAAUCGCCUAGAAGAUGAGACAGAAGAGCAAACAUACAACUCAGGUCGUCCAAGUUCAAGAGAGGAAGUAGUUUGUUUCUUGAACGAGCUCGGUUGGCUGUUUCAGAAGAAAUCUGCAUCCGGCGGCUUCUCUCUCCCUCGCUUCAAGUUUCUGCUCGUAUGCUCUGUCGAAAGAGAUUACUGUUCGCUCGUGAGAACUCUUCUUGAUAUGAUGGUGGAGAGAAAUUUGGGAAACGAUGGUUUGAUGAUGAGCAGAGAGUCCUUAGAUAUGCUGGCUGAGAUUCAGCUGUUGAGCCGCGCUGUCAAAAGGAAGAACACAGAAAUGGUGGAAACGCUGAUUCAUUACUCUGCUAAAACGUUCAUCUUCUUGCCUAGCAUCAAGGGACCUGGUGGUAUCACACCUCUGCAUCUGGCUGCUUCCUCAUCUGGUUCAGAUGAUAUGGUCGAUGUCCUGACUAAUGAUCCACAAGGGAUUGGAUUAUCGUCGUGGAAUACCUUAAUCGAUGCAAGUGGACAGACUCCAUUUAGCUAUGCUGCAAUGAGGAACAACCACAGUUACAACACCUUGGUGGCUCGCAAACUUGCGGACAAAAGAAACGGUCAAAUAUCUCUAAACAUCGAGAACGGGAUCGAUCAGAUUGGUGUAGUGAGUAAGAGGCUAAACUCAGAGAUGAAGAGAUCUUGCAACACAUGUGCAAGCAUGGCCCUUAAGUAUCAGAAGAAGGUGUCAGGCACACGUCGCUUGUUUCCAACUAGGAUCAUCCAUUCGAUGGUUGCUGUUGCCACCGUUUGUGUCUGUGUUUGCGUGUUUAUGCAUGCUUUCCCUAUCGUCAGACAAGGCUCACACUUCAGUUGGGGAGGUCUUGAUUAUGGCUCGGUCUAAAAAAAAGGCUACAUUGUAGCAUUUUUUUUGUAUAAUUAAGUGUUGAUUAUUGCAAGAGAGUACAGAGAAGAAAACAUGUUGGGGGUCAAGAGUAGACAUAGCUUCUCAACAUCUGUGUUUUAAAAAAAAAAAUAUAUAUUUUCGCUAAUUAUAUGUUGUAUUCUUGAAUUUGUUAAUCUCCUUCGGCUUAGUUACA